AUAAGCUGCUGAAAACAAGCGCCCAGCGCGCCGCUUAAGCCGCAGCCAGAGAGGCCAGGCAGAUGCGUUAAAUAAAUCGGUCGUCGGAAAGAUACUGCUAUGAGGAUACUUGUUAGCAAUGACUGAUGUGGAAUCUACAUAUGCAGAUUUCAUUGCUUCAGGAAGAACUGGAAGAAGAAACGCUAUUCAUGAUAUACUUGUGUCUUCAACAAGUGGGAAUUCCAGUGAACUAUCCCUGAAAUUAUCUGAACUUGAUAUAAAUAAAACUGAAGGGGAAGAAGAUGCACAGAGAAACCCCACCGAACAAACUGGGGAAUCCCAGGGGGAAGCAGCAAAAGAAGAAAGCUGAUGUUUUAGGUUGACUGACUGUAGAAAUAUUUUCCAACUGCAAAAGGCUGCAUCCUGUGAGCAAGCCACUUGAACAAAAAAUAAAUUUAAAAUGGACGAAUCUCGUUACCAGAACCUGCACAAUGCAGUACAAAAAGAGGGGAUGAAGGUGGUAACAGUAGACAGAACUUUUUCUACCUUUGUUAGCAAUGGUUGAGACCUGGUUAUUGAUCAGGACACUUUGUUGAGAGAUGGAUCUUAUAACAAAUGCCCACAUUGAAAUACAAAAUACAAAUGAUGUAGAUCUUGUAGCAAAAAUAGAAUUCAGCUGAACAGAAGCUUGAAUUGGAUUGUGUCACAAUGGCUUCAGUGAUCUUCUGAAAUUGUCUGGCUAGAAUAUUUACCUAUUAAAAAAAUCACUUGUAAAGGAAGCACUGUUUGUUUUUAAAGAACUCUGCUUUUCUGUUUUCAGCCACAUUACUUAACAAUGUUUUAUAUUGUACAAUUUAGAUGCUCCACACUGCCCUUUCUUGAAAUGCUCAUGAAAGCAACUGUGACUAUGAAUUUUUCUACAACUUGUUUUGAAAGGGCUAGCUAGGGUUUGUUUUAUGCACCAUGUGUUGUGUGCACAUGAUCAUCAAAUCAAUUGCUAAACUGAUCAAAUUAUUCAUUUAGUUAUGAAUCAGCAUUCUUUCAUUUACAAGAUAAACUUUUAACAUAAGUAAUGUACAGUCAGGUGUGUCUUGUAUUUUCUCAGUACAGUUCUUUGCUUGUGGGUAGUUUAAAUCCAAAAAUCUUUAAUUCUUUAAGGGGUAUUUUGUUGUUGUUCAGACAACUAUGUAACUGCUAAAGCAUAAGAGUAAGCACAGUACAUAUUAAAAGAUAUGAGCUCAUAGCUGAUGAGAGAUAAAAUAUCCAACACUUUAGUAAAGGCCUACUUCCUAAAAUGAAGAAGGAUUUAUUAUAGCUUUUCGAAUUGGAGUCUUCUAACUUUUCAAUCAAUAUUAAAGUAAAAAGUUAUUUUGUUGUGGCAAUCAAAUGGAUAUCAAUCACAAUUUUUCCCAAGUCCUAAUGUUUGUUUCUUUAUUUAUAUUUCAACUUUAUUUCAAAUGCCAUGCACUUUUCAAAUACUUGUAAUUUUAUUAAAAUAUUAGUGUAAACUUUGCUUUUUAGUAAAUCUAAACAUUGGUUAAUGAAACAUACAUUAUUGUUGUGACUAUGGUUGUUGUUUUUACAAUAUUACUAUUUUACAGUUGUCACAUGGACAUUGUUGGAGUGAGGUCUGUAAAUACUUUAAUUGGCAUUGAAUUUGGUAAUUGGUGUUAAUAAAUAACAACCAG